CAUGAAGUUUUGCACUAUGAACGGUCCAACAGAAUCCGAAGUUGAAAGUAUGCUAAUGAGCCCCUGUUGGGGACCCACACAAAAUGGCGGCCAAGAUCAAUAUCUGCUCGAUGGCCAUAAAUUAUUUGUCGAUCACGAUUUGGAUUCCCUGCCCAGCAGCGAUACAGAUCAGAAAAAUUCUCUCGAUGUUUUGGACAAUCUGCUAAUGAACACCACAAGCCUUAAUGGUUUAUCGGAUCUGAAACCCUUACCUCCCUUUACCGGCUAUACGGGUCAUUUAUCGAUAAAUGGUAUAUCCGGUCAUCAUUAUCAUGCAAUUGCCCAGAGGCUACCCGAUGAAAGCAACAAUAAUUAUAUACAGAGUGCAUAUCAUGCGGUCGGAGGCGGCAGCAAUGCGGCCACCAUACAAUUGGCAAACUCCUCCUCGUCGGGUAAUUCACCACUGUCGUCGAGUCAUGGCGGCAUGUCACUGGGCGGUUCCAGCCUAACAAGUAGUCAUAAUUCAUCUGCCGAUCACAAUAUUGUCUCCUCAUCUACCUGCCUGCCCGAAAGUGUUCUCAGUAGCGAUGCCGAUGCCUGCCUACACGAUGUCAAACUUUUCUCCGAUAGUCAAUUAGAUAGUAAGCUCUACUCCCUGGCCGAUAGCUGUGUUAUGGCGAAUGCCUCCACGACGACGACGACGAACAACAACAAUCAUAGCCACCAACACAACCACAAUGGUGCGAGCAUAACAUCUGCGACGACGGGUCUCGCUGGCCAAGAUCCCGAUUCGGCGGGAGUGCGCAUCUAUGCCGAUGCCAAAGAUCUGACAGAAUAUGUGGACAUGAAUUCGAUAGACGAUAUUGCGGCCAUCAUAGGCAGUGCAAUUGCGGAUACUACAGUACCUAAUCAGCUGGACAAGGACGAUGGCAAUGAUACGCGGGAUUCAUGGAUCGAUUUGGAUGCCUGGAUCGAGGGUAAUUGUAUACAGCAGGAGGGUGGUAAGCUGGUGGUGGCCCAACAGGAUUCGCUGAGUGAUUUUAUGCUGCCGCAAUCGCCGAUCCACCCUAGUAGUUCAACGCUGCAGAGUCUGCUGACACAUGGCUAUAUGCCACUGUUGCAGAAUCGUUUACAGAAUGGACCACCCACCACAACGACAUCGUCAUCAUCAUCGUCGAAUCAAAUAAAAGGUGAAGCGCCCAGUUCUACCUCAUAUUGUAAUGAACUGACCAGCUCGACAUCGGCCAGUCCACCAGGAUCGGUGGUUUCGACGACAGAUAAUCUGAUGAUAAAUCCACGGUAUCUGACAAAUCCCACACAAUAUCACAUCUCAAUGAAGGCGGAUGGUCUAUGCAGUCCGGAUUUGAUGGGUGGUAAUUGCGGCAACGGCGGAAGUGGUGGUAAUGGUGGCAACUAUCCGCACACGACAACGGUAACGCCAACCGGUACACCAAAAACCAAACGUUCACGAACAACCAAAAAAUCCGCUCAACAACAGCUUAGCAGUAAUGGCGGCGGUGGUAUGCAGGUCGUUUCAAAUGGUGGUGGCGGCUCCUCGCUGGGUGGACCCCAACAACUUAACUCCAUUACCUCUCCCACCUCGGUGAAUUUCAAUGCCAAUGAUUUAUCUGGGCUCUUGGGCAAAGAGAAACCCGUACAUCGCUGCAGCAUCUGUAAUCGAGGCUUCCUGAACAAGAGUAACAUCAAGGUGCAUUUGCGCACCCACACCGGUGAGAAACCAUUUCGCUGUGAGGUGUGUGCUAAAGCUUUUCGCCAAAAGGCCCAUUUGCUCAAACAUCAACAGAUACAUAAGAGAAUUGGGCGUGACUGACAAACA